AUGAUUGAAAAUACAGAAGGAAUAUUUUAUAAAAUCGAGAGCUUAUUGGAAAAAGAUUAUCGCGGAGUAAAUAUAGCAGUUUACAGCUUAGCUACUGCCGGUUUAGCAAUAGCAAUACAUAGAGUCCGUCCGGUUAGCAAGUUCUCUAAAGCUAGUAAAGUACCAGAACAUUUUAUAAAAAAACAUGAACCCUUGAGAGGAAUUUAUGUUGGAGUUCAACAAUCACCUUUGAGAUUAUUGAUCAGUCACAAGGCUCCAAUUUACUUACCGUUAUGGCAUUCCAGUAAGCCCCCCUUACCAGUGAAGCUUUGGGGAGUUGAUGUUAUCAGUGGAAAUGCUAUCAAUUGGUUAGAUUGUGUGGCAAAAGGGCAAAAGAUCACAUUGAAGCCCCUAGGUAGAGAUAAAGAUGAUUUGAUUUCAACUGCUGUGUUGCAUUUACCCCAUACUAAGACUAAAACUGAAGAAACGAUGAAUAUAGGGCAGAAAUUAAUAGAACUUGGCUUUGCUAAGGCAUCCGUCCCACAAAAUCUUGAGAAAAACACAAUUGAAUUCAAGCUUGCACCAGUUUUUAUUAAUGCUGAAAAUAGAGCAAAAAGUCUUAGAAAUGGAGUCUGGUCUGAGAAAUUACCCCCUGUACCUGUAUAUGUUGUUUACUGGAGGAAAGGUUUAAAUUUAACAAAGAGUCUUGGUGUUUUGUCUUCAAAGAAGCUUCUGGAGUUCUUAGCAUUUGUCUCAAAGGGUGCUUACGUUGGAAUAAAAAGUCUUGCUGUCAGACCGUUUAAAUCCACUCCCAAGCAAGUUCAAACAACAUAA